CAAUAGGUGUUAAAAGUGCUUGGGAUCGUAUUUCGGUCGUUUCGCCUCUGCCUUCGGGUCACAUCUUAGACCAAUCCAGCUUUGUAGAAGACGUGAUUACCUUGCCAAUUUCUCCAAAAUCGCGGCGCAGCGUAGACAAAUCUCCGUCAAUCCUGAGCAACUGCUGAGCAACUGAAUAUUCAACACUCCUUUACUUAAGCUCCAUAUCUCCCGCCUGAGGUCAACCGAUCCCUCGUGAUGUCUGAGCACGAACCACGUCGAUCCGUGCGAGCUACCAAGGGUCAGCACACGAAAGCCUUCGAUCAACUCGAGAACGGACCGGAGCCGAAGCGAAAGCAGACCAAAAAGGGAAGCAAGAAAGUAGAGAAAGACGAGAAGCAGGACGAGGAAGAGAUCAUUCGAUGUAUCUGCGGUGCUACGACACAAGACGACGACGCUAAUGAAGCCUGGAUUGCUUGUGAUCAGUGCGGCGCCUGGCAGCAUAACGUAUGUAUGGGGUUGAGCAUCUUCACGGAAGAUUUGCCAAAGGAAUACUACUGCGAAGUAUGUAAACCUGCCGACCAUAAGGUAACCCUCGACGCGAUAAAGAAAGGAGAGAAGCCAUGGGAAGAUCGCCAACGCAAGCGUCAGGAGGAGGAAGAGAAGAAACGCAAGAAGGGCGGUAGAAAGAGCAAGGGCAAGAGAACAAGCGACACGAAGGACCGCGCAUCGCCGAGUGCUGCCGCUGCGAACGCAAAAGCGAAGCCAUCCCCGACGCCCGAUGUUAAGAAGGAAGGUAGCGUCGCCGAGUCUGAGCCGGUCGCUAAGGGCAAACGUAAGUCCCGCGAUCACUCGCAAGGACCGCAGAGCAAGCUUCGCAAGGUUACAGCAGAGCCGACCCAGGCGGGCCCAUCAGUUCCGAAAUAUACUCCUCCGAGUGAUCUCCCAGACAGUAUCCAGAAGCUAGAGGGUCCUCGAAGACAAGCAGCACAAGGCCUGCAGAAGUCGCUCGAUGCCGCUAUUGAUCUCGCCGAGAAGAAAAAGCUCUAUUCUAUUCCCCAAGGUUCAUCCAAGAAAAGUGUUACUGAACGUCUAGCUAUUGAGAUUGAGCGUGCUUUUCUUGAUACCCAUCCGAAUACCUCCCACAACGCCUCACAGCUUCGGACACUUAUGUUCAGUCUGAAAAACAAUGUUGAGCUUGCAGCUCAAGUGCUACAUAGAUCAUUACCGCCUACCUCCUUUGUGGUGAUGACUGGUGAUGAACUGGCGACCAAGGAGCAACAACGCGAGACUGCUGAGAUGAAGGCUCGUGCCGAAAAGCAGUCUAUUCUAAUUACGGAUGAUGGACCUCGGGUUCGACGAACCCAUAAGGGAGAAGAGCUAGUAGAACAGGAUCACUUUGCAGUUGAGGCUGAGGACGCUUCAUCUAACCUUCGCCGCCAAGGGCCUAGGGAGACAAGCGAAACCGCCAACGCGAACGCGAAUAGCGAGCCGGCUCCAUCCUCUGCUGACAAGUUGCCAUCUUCUACCAACCCUAGUAGAUCCAAUUCAACUAGUGGACCUCUUCGAAUCGAGACUCAACCCCAGCACUCGCCCAAGAAGUCUGACUUUGAUAUUGGCAAGGUCUUUUCUAGCGUGCGCUCACCUUCAGCUACGCACCAAAGACGAGCUUCGGCUCAGGUUCAACCAACUGGACCUGUUGAUGAUCCCGAAGUCGAUCGAUUGCUUCAGGAAGACGGAACAGAUUCGCCACCGUAUUCUCCGUCCGAGAAUAUUGACCCGGAAGUUGUCUGGCGCGGUCCUCUAGUCAUGACCAAUGUGGGCGAAGUCGAUGUUGUAGCGAAGUAUGCUGGCGGAGCCGACCUUAGCAAGGUCAGAAAUGUCGCAUGGAAAGAUCUGAUACCCCCUUUGCUUAUGGUUGCUGGUCGGAUCACCGAGGAGAAGGCUAUUCCCUACUUAUGUGGCAUGAGAUAUAACAACCAGGUCGACUUGGUAAUCACCAGUCUCACUCCAAGCCACCCAGCAGAUUCCAAUGCGCGCCAGCAGUUCCAGAAGAUCAUUGAUUAUUUUCAAUCAAAGAAACGAUAUGGAGUCGUCAACGAGAAGAAGCUUGGUAAUGUUAGAGACACGUACUUGGUACCGGUGGCGGAGGGUGACGGCCCAAUUCCAGAGCCGGUACAGAACAUUGACGGUCAUCUUGUACCGCUAAAGCGUUCGGAGCCCAUGCUCUUGAUGAUAUUUGUGUAUCGAGAUGAGAAGCACUUUCAGAUACCAAUAGACCAGCAACGAACCGAGCUGCAGAAGGCCGCCUCGGUAGCGUCGCCGGCCCAAGGAUCCCCGACUCCCUUUCAGUCGAGACCAUCCAUGUCGGGUCCGACAUGGUCACCCGCAACCCCACAAGGAUCAUUCGGGAAUCAGAAUGCAGCGCCGCCCCACUAUAGCCAAACGCCAGUUCCACCGCCCAAGAUUCCAGGUCAACCGGUGAUGCCAACACAGCGCCCGGCUCCAGCAGUCCCAAUGCAGGUGACCCAGGAUCCCAUGGUGCCCGCUUUACGAGCUGCGCAAGCCGAAGGGGAGACGAAGGCCAAGGAAGUUCUGGGUGAGCUUUUCGAUAGCCCCAUCGUCUCGUUCCUACUCCCUCACGCCGCCCGUAUGAAGGAAGGUGAAUGGACAGCUGUCCGACGAGCUCUGGAACGAGACAGCAGAGCCCGCAGCGACUUGCAGCUUCUGAGCAAGCUCCUUACGGAGGAUGGUAACAAUGUUCGCAAGCCAGGACCGCAAGCAAACUCAGCGCCGUCUGGUCUCGUUCAGACGACUCUCGCUGCGGCGACGAAUGAAACUUCGGCGCCAGCAGCCCAACCUAAGACUUGAUUCUCCAAUUUCUCGAUAAUGGAGAUGGUUUUGUUUAGCUAGCAAUUCCAACGUCAGGUGUUGGAAUUUUGGUACUGAUUCACACUACGAGCUUUUUGAAACAGGCUCGAUAUAUGGUUAUCCCUAGUGAGCUUACAUGGGACGCUUGUACGAUUGGCAUGAGAGGAUUAGGGAU